AUGAAUAUGAAAAUCCACGAGGAAAGAUUUGAGUAUGGAAAGUCUGCACUUCAUUAUUUAUCCUCACUUGAAUCCAUACUCAAGCCAAACUAUCACGGCAAUAUUGACAACGAGACCAAGUCCUUAGUUGAUUUUUUUCUGAAAAAUUCAAUCGAAAAUCAUUGCGAUCAGCACGGAUACUCAUACUUUCACGGAGCCUGUUUUGUUGGCAAUAUUGAAGUAGUGGAACGAUUCAUAUCUGAAGGCGUAGAUGUGAAUUUAGGCACGUACACGUGCUCACCAUUGCACAUUGCCUCCCAACACAGACACAAUGAAAUCCUUCGUGUAUGUUACUGUCUCGAUCUCUGUACUGACACAACAGACUGCAAUGAGAGGAGACCAGUCGAUGAAAUCGUGAACAUGCUCAUUAAAAAAGGGGCAAAUAUCGAGGCACGCAAUAGUGACGGCUAUACUUCUUUAGAAUUUGCUGCAUCGCGUUUAGAUUAUGAGUUAGUAAGAACACUUUUAAAACACGUUAUUGGAGUGAGGAGCUCUCCAAUCACUUUACACAUCGUCGAGAUGAUACGAUUAUUGCUGUCAAAUGGAUUUAUAAUGGACUUCGAUGCUCGACUUAAGAUUCUGAAAUUCUGGAUGACUGUUCGAAGACACGAUAUAAAAUAUUUAAUCCCUGACAUUCAUGACUUUUUUAUGAAACAAGAGGAUGUCGAUUACUUGCAAAAAAUAUGUGAACAAUUCAGACCAAAAGUUCCUGAGGAUCUAAGGAACCAGAAUGUAGGAAACUUUGAAGAGCUCACGAAUAAAUUAGAAAUUGAAGUCACCAAAAUGAAAA